AUGGCUUCCUACACCCACGGAUUUAAUACUUUCGGCGGGGACAUGGCCCGGUUUCUUCAAGCUUCUGCUUCCAAUGGCCACCAACCGAACGGAACUGGACAAUUUGGCGGUAACACCAACCGCAAUGGACAUGGUCGCAUGAGUCGCAACCAAAAUUCCCCUCGUGGGAACAGACGGCGAGGAGGAAACGCUGGCGGUCAGCGACCCAACCAGCAGCCUCGUCGUUCUCCUAAUACUCCGAAUCCGAAUGGGGCGAACACCCGCAAGCGUGGGAACAACUCCGGACGGCAGGGCAAUGUGCCCAACAACAGACAGCCUUGGCAAAACGCCGCGCCUAGACACCCGGGCAACAACAACAACAACCAGCGUCGUGCACAGCAGCUUCGUACUGCUUUCACACGCACCCGGGAUGGUGACGUUGUGAUGAGGGACGCAUUUGUUGCACCCAUCACGGCCCCGGCUGAAGAAGAUAGAGACGUGGUCAUGACAGACGCCCCUCCCCUCGGCGAAGAGGCCACAGCCAUGUUGAACCUCGCUGUGAACGACGAGGCUCAGGGGAGCACCACCACCGGCGUCCAGGUGGUUGGUGCCCCCUUCUGCUUCUAA